AUGCGAUCCAAAUUCAAGGACGAGCACCCCUUCGAGAAGCGCAAGGCUGAAGCCGAACGCAUCCGCCAAAAAUACAGCGACCGCAUCCCCGUCAUCUGCGAGAAGGUCGAGAAGUCCGACAUCGCGACGAUCGACAAGAAGAAGUACCUGGUGCCCGCGGACCUGACCGUCGGUCAGUUCGUCUACGUAAUCCGCAAGCGCAUCAAGCUCUCCCCCGAGAAGGCGAUCUUCAUCUUCGUCGAUGAGGUGCUGCCACCCACCGCCGCGUUGAUGUCGUCCAUUUACGAGGAGCACAAGGACGAGGACGGGUUUCUCUACAUCUCCUACUCCGGGGAAAACACCUUCGGUUUUGAGUCCUUGUAA